AUGUUUGGAAUGCCACCAUCAGCACUGGUUUCUUCUGAGUUGGAUUCGGGCGAAAAAACAAAAAAGAAGAAAGACAGGGAUCGAACGAAAGAGAAAAAGGAGAGACGCCGUGAACGCGAAAAGCAAAAGGAGGCGCAGGCUCAUCCAGUUGGAGCUGUCGCGGACAUGUCGAUAAAGACCGAUGCAGCACUUUUGUCAGCCGUAGAUAGUACUAGUCAA